UGUCAUUACAAUGCAAUGCAACGUCGUGGUAGAAAAAGCUCCAAGGUUCACCUGCUCCAGGGUUUACCAAGCAGGAGGAGGGAGAGGAGGAGUAGUGCUCUGGCGAGGAGGAUUUUUCCACUUCAAGACUCCCAUGGCUCAAUGAAAAGCUCAUAAUGCAGCGGAAGACAUCUGUGCUUUACAUUGCAGCCUCUUUGUUUUUGCUCUGCUUUGCUCCGAUUUGUUGCUCCGCUCAGAAGUUUGGGCAAGACAGUCAGACUGAGAGGAGACGCAGCACGAUAAAGUUCUGCAAUCCUUCCUACAGCAACCAGACAGCAGGUGGUGCCGCUCAGAAAUGCCUCCCGGGCUUCUACAGAGAGUGGACUGGAUCGCACAGGGGUCAGUGUGUGCCAUGUAGCUGCAACGGACUCUCCAAAGAGUGUGAUGAGCGAACAGGGAACUGUGUGAACUGUCAGUUCAACACGACCGGAGACCACUGUGAGCGCUGUAAAGAGGGUUACUAUGGAAACGCAGCCAAGAGGACCUGCCGGGCCUGUCCAUGCCCCUUUGCACAGAACAAUUUUGCAUUAGCCUGUAUGGACGUGGGCUCAGGAGUGGUUGAAUGUUUGUGCAGACGUGGUUACAGUGGAGUCAGAUGUGAGAGGUGGGACACACAUGCUCAUGUUAACUAGUGCUUUUCGAGACUACUUUUUAAUGGUGUUGAAAAAUUCUCAGUACACUGACUGACAUUUACAUUUUCAUCAGUGAAGCAAAAAGUCUUCCAUCUGAAUCCAAGCAACUCUUUCCUUCAUAUGCUUCUUUUGCCUGUAAGAUGUGCUUAUGGUUAUUAUGGGAAUCCACUGGUAAAUGGAGGCAGCUGUAAGCCCUGCAACUGCAAGAACGGAGGCUUGAACAUUUGUGAUUCUCUCACUGGACAGUGCCUCCCAUCUGGCAACAGCAGCUCUGAUGAUCCCUGCCACAAACAUGGCAGCUGUACUUACGCUUUGCUGGUCGACUUGGAGAAGAUGGACGGUGUUCUGGCUUGGAUGGGGCAGCAGCUGCAGAACAUCAGUCUUGAGCCUGCAUCACUGUUCAGCCUGAACAACCUAGAAGCUGACAUCUCUAAAACCAAGAUUCAGGUUGGGAGGUUCAGCACUGCUGUGAAACACCUGCAUCCAAAGGUUGAACAGCUGGAUGCAGACGUGGAUGUUGUCAGACGUGACCUGAGUCAGCUCACUGAUGAGACACUGAAAACUACAUCAGACAUAGAGAAGGUUUUCCAGAAUGCAAAUGAGACAAAAUUAAAGGCAGAAGAUAUUCUCUCCGAAGCUGAAGCUCUUCUCACGGCAAUACAAGAAUUGAUAAAGCAGCUAACUGAGGUGAAACCUGGAGAUUCAGUGUCUCUCUCUGAAAAGCACAAAGGCAGAAUGAUGGAGGAGGCUCAGCGCAAUGUGCAGAAAAUGAGAGAAAGAAACUGCACUGCUGAGAGGGACAAAGCCGGCAGAGAACAGGAGAAGACACAUGAAUUGUUGGACUUCAUCAGGAACAACAUGACAGAUCUUGCAGAAACCAACCAGGCUGUCUUGAAUCAGACUGCAGACUCAAUGAUGGCCUCAGACUUGGCUCUGAGAGAUUUGGCUGAGCCGCUUUUAAAUGCAGAGGACACGGUCGACAGGACCCAAGGCCUUAACCUGAAAAGUCAAACUACCCUCCAGCAAGUGCAGAAUCUCCACGCUCAGCUGGAAGAAGAACAAAGCACGUUGCUUCCUGUGACUGAAAUGACUAAAGACCUGCUAAAGAACAUUAGCGAUAUCUUUUCAGUGCUUGAGGAAAUUAAACAAGAAUUUGAGAAUCAGGCAGCUCAGAUGGAUGGCGCGAAGAAGGAACUCUUAAAGAAGUUAAACAGUAUGGAUAAAGUGGAUGCUGUAGCCAAGGCUGAGGAGCAUGCAGAGGAGCUCAACAGACUGGCAACAGAAUUAGAACAGGCUCUUCGUAAUGCUUCCAACAGCAGUAAGCUACUUGAUACUGUGGGUAUUGGAGCAUAUGACAGCAUCAUUAACGCCAUAGAAAAGGCACAAGUGGCAGCAAAUCAGUCCAGAGACGCUGCUGAUGAAGCCUUAGAGGACACAAAGGAGGGAGGUCUGGCCAGCAGGGCCGAUGGACUCAAAGACAGUUCAACUCAUUUAUGGAGGGAAGCCAACGACACUCAGAGCCACCUUAAAGUGCUUUCACAAACAGUGAAGAGCCACAAGGAUCGAGUGAAUAAGCAAAAGGAGAAAGGAGAAUCGAUGAAAGUGGACCUCUCAGCUGCUAGCGACCGCAUAAAACAGAUAAAGAGAGAUGACACACAAGCCCUGAUAGAGUCGGUGAAAACUGCUGCCUCUGCUGUGAACUCUACUGUCAGUAAUGCAGAAGACAGACUGAGAAAUAUCAGCCAGGAACUGGAAGGAAUAAAAUUAACUAACGCCAGUAAGAAUACAGGAGAUAUCUUGACUGAUGCAGAUGAGGCCUUGAAGAACUUCACCAGAACAUUUCCUGUACUGACUGAUAAACUCGCAGAAGUCGAGGCUCUCAGUGAGAAGACGUCUCCCAACAUCACAGAAAGCAUCAGAAAAAUCAAGGACAUUAUAGAAGAGACGAGAAGCUUUGUUAACAGGCUCUCUAUUACGACCACUUUUAAUGGAAAAGGUCACAUUGAGCUUCAACCUCCGAGAAACCUGGAGGACAUUAAAGCAUUUACAGCUGUUGAUUUGCUCCUCCGUCGCCAUGGCAACGACCCUUCGAACGCUGGUAAAAGACGAAAGCGACGCCAAAACAGACACAUCGCCAACCAGUUUGUUUUCUACCUGGGCAACAAGGAUGCUUCUGGAGACUACAUCGGGAUGGCUGUCAGAGACUCUGUGCUUAUUUGUGUCUAUAAGUUGGGUGGAGUCAUUCACGAAGUGGAAACCAGCCCAAUAACAAUCACCAAUGCAAACUCCACAGACUUUGACAGGGUGAUCUUCCACAGAGUUUACCAGGAUGCGGAAGUCAACAUCACUCAGAACUUCCUGUCACAGAAGAGAAACAACCUGCCUCCUAAACGAAACCUUCCAGACACGAUGGCUGGUGUCCUCGACCUGGAUCCAGACAGCGUUGUUUUCUACGUGGGCGGCUAUCCAGAGGGCUUUAUUCCCCCAGUGGAGCUGCGUUACCACCGAUACAGAGGAGCCAUGAAAUUCUCCUACAUCAACGACAAUCCUGUUUGUCUCUUCAACCACAAACACGCAAUCAAUAUGGAUGCUAAGCAGCUUUCUGUGAAGACUCCUCAGUCGGAGGUGUCUGAUUUUUAUGAGGGAACAGGUUACCGCAUGGUUUUAAUAAAGGAACCGGACAAGAAGAAGAAGCGACGAAUCAGGUUCCACACCAACAGCAGAGAGACAAACGCCUUGUUAUUCUACAUUGGAAAUGAAGAUUCUUUUGUCUGUUUGUUCUUGGACAGAGGCUUCCUGGUGCUUCAGGGACGACAAGCAGACCGAGACUUAAGAAUUCAGGCUUCUGAAAGAGUGUCUCUGUUUAACAAACAGUUUGCAAUCAGUAUCGAAAACACAUUUGAGGUGUACAGCGGGACAACAAAAAUCUCCACCGAUCACAUUUAUGCAAACUACAGGAGUUAUUACAUCGGAGGUCUUCCAGCAGAGCUCAGGCAGAGACACAACAUCACAGCCGCUCCGCUCAGAGGAUGUGUGGAUCACGUGAGAGAAGAUGCAGAAAUCGUAGAGUACAGCAGGACGAUUGGUGUCAGCGAUGGAUGUCCAGAGUCCUUACUGGGUGUUCGUGCAGCUACGUUGAAUUCAACCCUGUCCGGCGAUUCUCUGUUUGUCUGGGACAAACAGCCGCUCAGAGUCUCUCUGGGCUUCAGGAGCACCGACAGACAAGGUGUUCUCCUCCAGAGCAGCUAUCAGGGCUCCUCUUUGGUCCGUGACCUCCAACUGUCCGUGGCUGACGGCUUUGUAGUGUUUAACUGUUAUAAUUAUACCCUGAAGUCACAAAAAAGAUACAGUGAUGGAGCCUGGCAUUACUUAUCUGCAGUGGGGAGGCCAACAGGGUUGGAGCUCAGCAUCGAUAAUGAAGAUGUGACUCAGGGGAAAUCGCCUGUCACUGGGAGACAAGAGGGGAUUUUCAAAGGCUGCAUUGCGAAUCUUUACACAAGGCCUGAGCACAGCUUCGUACCUGCUGAUCUGAGUGCAUUAUCACAAACAGGAGACAUGGUGCUCGGUCAGUGCAGUCUCCACCCCCCACCGGACAGUGAGCUUUUACCAGCACCAGUGCUGAAAAAGUCCCAGAAACGCAAACCUACUCAGGUCCCUGCAGGCAGCCAUUGUGGUCAGCAGCAAACUCGGUGUGAAUACCAGCUGUCUGAGGAACACAGCUGGAUCAGCUAUAAUCUGCCACUGCAGGACCUGAACUACAGGCCUCACUUCUCUCUUGACAUCAAGACCAAGUCCUCCAAAGGGUUGAUCUUCCAUGUAGCUGGAAGAGGAGUCGUCCCCCUGCUGGCUCUCUACAUGGCCAAUGGCAAGAUCAAGAUGUGGCUCGGGCAAAACCGAAUCAUCCAGCACAAGGAGAGGAGCAACGACGGGGACUGGCACAGAGUGGAGUUCAGUGUGGAGAAAAGCUCUUUUCAUCUGCUGGUUGAUGGGAUCAGAGUGACUGACGGUAACUUACCCAACGAUGAAGGUUCAGCUUUAGGCCUGCUCAACCCCGUUUAUCUGGGAGGUGAUCCAGCAAGCAGAGCCACUAAAGGACACAGCAUUCCCAUGAAGAGUCUAAUCAGCUGUGUUCGGGAUUUCAGAAUGAAUGAUGUGGCUGUUGGUGAACCUAAGGCCACUAACAAAAUCUUACCCUGCUAAUAAAAUGCUUCAAAUGAGUCAUUAAUUGUGUGUAAAAAGCAACUGCAGCCUUACUUGCAAAAGCCUAGAAAUGUAACUAUAAAUGAAGGAAUCUCCGAGUGUUUGUCAGAUUUCUUUGAUUUCCCUCAGAAUCAUUCACAUUUUGGCAGAUUAUUGUAAAUAUGUAGUAGAUGACUAUAAAUGGAUAGCUUGCUAUUAAAGAGAAACAUAUUAUGACUGUAAAAUUAUUAUAAAUGUGUCUUAAAUAAUAUGCUUGUGAAAGAUAUUGUUGCCGCUAAUAAUAAAUAAAUACAAACAGU